CCCCUAAUUAGCCUCGGCCCGAGACCCGGGGCCAAUUUAGCGCCCGGCGAUGCCCGCGUGGCAGCGCCCUCGUACACAAUCGGCACUGCCUGGGCACCGCGCCCCGAGGCGACCAUUCCGGAAGGCCCGAGGGGCAACUGGAAAUACAGUACGCGAUCCUUCGACGUCCCCGACGCACCCCGAAGUUGGCGGCGUGCG